GAAAGGAAUUCGCAUUACCGUCCUUACAGCUACAUCUCAUCCGCUCAAAUUAGGUCACAUUUACAAUCGGGUCCAGUGUUAUGUGGAACAAAACCUUCCCCCCACCCCGAGAGCAGAUCCGUCGCUUAAACAUACCAUUAUUCAAAUUUUACUCUUUACAUAACGCAGCUUUCCUAUUUGCAUCAGCUCAAAUAACACGUGUUCAAUCCCAGUUAAUAAAAAAACCCACCUGCUAACGAGGAGAGGCUGUUUGUAAUCAAUGGGGUCAUCAGUAUUUGAAGUGUUAGGAGUGACCUAAAGAUGACUUUUCAAUUUAUCAGACUGCUGGAAAAUUCUUUUUGUUUUUGAAAGGGUUUUGGUUUCAAUGACUUUAGUCUUGAAAGCUUUGCCAGGGAUGUCUCUUUGUAACAAAGUGUUGGUGAAUCUCUCCUGGCCUGCGCUCUCUGAGAAUGAGCAUGGGAAUGGGAGUGGGAUUGAGAUUGCUAAUCUCUCUGGUACUGGCCGAGCCAGCUCUGUGGGAGAGGCAGGAGGGGACAUCCUGAAACAGUGUAUCAUUGCUGUUCUGUGUGUUCUGAUCAUCCUGGGCAAUACGGCCGUGUUAUUGGUGAUCUCCUCGCCAGUUUCUGGCUGGUCCAAAAACAGCCGCCUGGUCCUGAUUUCACUGACCGGGGCUGAUGCUGCCCUCGCUCUGAUAGUCAUCCCUCUGAAUUUAUAUGGUAGCAGUGUACCCCAGCUCCGAAACCAGGCCGACUCCCCCUUCUGUCACAUUGUGGUCUUUCUAGAUGCCAGCAUCCUAACUUCCUCCAUCUAUUCCCUGGCUACUAUCAGUAUCGAGCGCUACAUCGCUGUAUUCUUCCCACUCAGGUACAGCAUGGUGAUGACCAACUGCAGGAUCAAAGCUCUCAUUGCACUGGUCUGGCUUUUGCCACCCAUCCUCUCGUUUCCCCUCUCCAUCCCUCGGGGAAUUGUCAAAGUUUACUUCUCCAGAGCAUCUUUGAUUUGUAAUCUGGAUUUCUCCAGCAAUGUCACCUAUUCUCUCCUGCUGACUGCAUUCAUCUUCUUCCCCUGCUCACUCAUCAUGACUUUUGCCAAUUUCCGUCUCUGGUUUGUAGCCAGGAGUCAGAGGAAUCGCUUUAAACUGUCGAAGGCGAACAGGAGACACGAUGCUGCUUCCAGAAUCCUUGUGCCUGUAGUUAUCGUCUAUUAUAUCUGCUGGUGCCCUUGUGUUUGCAACAUGAUCUACCAGGCUCUAACACAGCAGGGGGCAUCAGAGUGGUUGGAAUUCGUUGCCCUGUGGUUACCGUGUGGAAAUGGUUUCUUCAACUGCAUUGUGUACUUCUGGUUAAACCGAAGUUUCAGAAAAAAGUUUCAGGAAAUGGGGCAAAAUCUCUGCUUGUCCGAAUGGUUUGUUACCCGAGAUGCUGCAAUUUCUCAAGUUCCAAAUGGAAAGCUACUCGUGAAAGUUCAGAAACAGCAUGGUGAUGCAACAGCAAGGGAUAGCAGCAUCUCCUCUAUGUGUAAUUUGGUGUCUUUCAGCAGUGAAACCAUUUUGUCAAAUACGUAG